UUUACUUGUCGGCAACAGAGAAAAUAGUGGAAUUUGGGCGAUUCUGGGUCAGGAGGUCGUCAUAUUCCUCAGGCUCAGACUUAAACAUAGGCGCUGUGUCCGCAGCUUGUGGAAGAAGCUACGGCCCAAGGUGGUGCCAACGUGGACAAUCGAAAACAAUGUGUGACAUGCUACUUCUCAGCAUAUUCAUACUCGUUCAUGUCGACGAGCUUCCUCUAAGAGUUCAAUUGCCGUUGCUGUUGUUCGAGGGGUUUGAUUGCUGCCCCUUCAGAAGAGAACGGAGUGAUGAGCUUCGUCGAGCAGCAGCCGGCAUUGAAGAAAUUGGCUAGAAACGUCGAUUGCGGGCUGUAUGAAGCAGCAUCAAUAUUCUUGUCCUGCUUCGCUGUUAAUUUCUUCGUCUGAUAAUCGAAGAGGAGUUAGGAAGAGUGGAUAUUGCCUGUCCUGCAUCUUGGAUUAUGUCUUCCGAUCAGCCACCACCGGAAGCGCGUGGUCGAGGUGGGCGCAAAAAUAAACUAGGCCAGACUGCGCAAAGCAGACCAUCCCCUCCCCGUACUCGUAGCAGAGCCGUAGCGAAACCGAAGCUCGAGGCAACCAAAAUUGAGGUGCUUGAAACCGAGUGUUGCGUCGAAAAAAUUGAGCUGAAACAGAGCAAUGGCGACAACAAGCUAAACGUCUCGUUGAGGAGAACCCGAAGAAGCAUUAGCACAACAGUUCAGCAGCCAGUCCUCACUGCUUUGUCCGAAUCCGAGGAACAUGGUGAUCGGUGUAGCUCCGAGGCUUCCUUGUCAUCAGAUAGCUUGUCACGGGAUCCCGGGGAGGUACAUUCCACUGAUGAUAGCGGAGAUAGUGAGUCUCUGACAUCCGAAAAUUCAGACGGGUCAGCUGAAGGCACUGGUAACAAGAGACGUCGAAGGUCGAAAUCAGCUGUACAGUCGAGAGGAAGCGGCAGAGGUCGAGGAAGGGGGCGUGGGCGGGGACAAGGACGAGCCAGUCGGAAAAAAGACAUGGGAAAGAAGGUGUUGGAGUGGGAGAUUUUUCAAGAAAAGUGGGAAAGCCAAUGGGGUGGAAUGGAGGAUGAAGAGAUUGAAGCUUUUAACAAGCAAAGUAAUCCUGUGGAGCAGAGAAAUCCCUCUUCUGACGUUCGGAUGCCGCUCCUUCCUUUUCAAAAGGAGUGGCUUGCUUGGGGUUUAAAGCAAGAGGCGUCUGAAAUCCAAGGUGGUAUCUUGGCCGAUGAAAUGGGUAUGGGUAAAACUAUCCAGGCUAUCUCACUCAUCGUCACGGAUCGUGCUCUUCAUGGUCCAUUUGACUCUAAAAGGCAGCAUGGUAUGCAGAACGCAGGAUCUGUAAAUGGCUCAUGUGAAGGAGCAGAAUCCAUAAAAGAACUACCUCAAGUGAAAGCAACAUUAGUGAUAUGCCCUAUGGUGGCAGUAAGUCAGUGGCGGUCUGAGAUCGAGAAAUUUACGGCUCCUGGUUCCAUGAAGGUGCUUGUUUAUCAUGGACCAAAACGAGGCAUGGGGAUAAACGAACUCAUGAAGUACGACGUUGUCCUUUCAACUUAUGCAAUAGUGGAAUGUGAGCAUCGGAAGCACGUUAUGCCUCCGAAGCAGCAUUGCAAGUGGUGUGCAAAGACUUUUUAUCCGGAUCGUUUGGCAAUCCAUCAGCGAUAUUUUUGUGGACCUAAUGCUCAGAGGACUGCCAAACAAUCAAAGCAGGUGAGGAGAAAAAUCACCGCACUUGCCUUGGGGAAGUAUGAGGAAAGUGAGUCAGAUGAAGAUAACAAACCAGUCAAAGGAGAAGGAGAGGAAAGUACAAGCGGGAAGAGAGGUGCAGCUUCAACAGGUAGGAGGGGAAGGAAACGGAAGAUUGAUGCCGAUGAUGUGGGCGCAGCCUUGCAAGAAGAUGUGGAUUGUGUUGCAGAUACUCCCACCAGCUCCUCUGGGAGGAUUGGGAAUUCUCUCCUGCACUCCGUUAAAUGGGGUCGAAUAGUUCUGGAUGAGGCCCAUUCGAUAAAAGACAGGAGGUGUAGUACUGCCAAGGCUAUAUUUGCACUCAGAUCCAUCUACAAGUGGGCCCUCAGCGGAACUCCAUUGCAAAAUCGUGUUGGCGAGUUAUAUUCUCUUGUGCGGUUCCUGGGAGUAUAUCCAUUUUCCUAUUACUUCUGUCGCAAGUGUGAUUGUAAAUCGCUCGAUUACAAGUUUUCUUUCGGACAGAAGUGUGAAUGUGGGCACUCAGCCUUGCUUCAUUUUUGUUGGUGGAAUAAGUUCAUCGCAAAUCCCAUAAAAAAAUGGGGCUACAUAGAUGAAGGACGAACAGCUAUGACAAUUUUGAAACAUUUAGUCUUGCAAAAGUGUCUCCUUCGACGAACCAAGACUGAACGAGCUGCGGAUCUAUCUCUUCCACCACGAACAAUUUCUCUUAGACGAGAUGUUUUCGACGAUAGGGAAAAAGACUUCUAUGAGGCUCUAUAUUCAGAAAGUCAGCUGCAGUUUAACACGUAUGUGCAUUCGGGCACUUUGUUGAACAAUUAUGCUCACAUUUUUGAUUUGUUGAUUCGCCUCCGUCAGGCUGUGAACCAUCCAUAUCUAGUGGUGUACUCAGCAGCAUCAUCUGCAGCAGCUCCUCAGUUUGAUGGUCGUGUUCAAGAUCCAAUGUGCGGCAUCUGUUAUGACCCUGCUGAAGACCUAGUGAGUACAGGAUGUCAACAUCAUUUCUGCAGGAUUUGCAUGGAAGAGCACAUGGAGGCAGGAUUGGAGUCCAAACGGUUGCAGUGUCCAACUUGUCAUAUAGCUCUUAGUGUAGAUAUGACAAGAAAAUCCGAAGAAACGAAGGAAGUUGUCCCAAAGUUGCGCAAGCGCUCGAGUAUUUUAAACAGGAUUAAACUUGAUAAUUUUCAAUCAAGUACAAAGAUUAAUGCUGUGAAAGAGGAAAUCUUUCUCAUGCUUGCAAAGGAUCCAGGAGCGAAAGCUAUCAUUUUUAGUCAAUUCACGGCGAUGCUGGAACUCAUUGGGUUCUUCCUACAAAAGUCAGGAAUUGGAUUUGUGAAGCUUGAUGGAUCCAUGAGCAUGCAGGCACGUGACUACAUGAUUGAUAAAUUCACAACUGAUGCGGAUACAAAGAUAUUCUUGAUGAGUCUGAAGGCAGGAGGUGUGGCGCUAAACCUUACCGUGGCAUCACAUGUAUUCUUGAUGGAUCCUUGGUGGAACCCUGCAGUAGAACAGCAAGCUCAGGAUCGGAUUCAUAGACUGGGCCAAACGAAAGCAGUCAGGAUAAUACGUUUUGUGAUUCAGAACACUAUCGAGGAUCGGAUCCUGAAGCUUCAAGAAAAGAAGCAACUGGUUUUUGAAGGCACCGUUGGAGGUUCAGCAGAGGCCAUGGGGAGACUCACUGAGGAAGAUUUACGAUUUCUUUUCAACAAUUGAAAAUUGAAACGUUGACAAGAUGUUCAACGAUAUGGUUAGACUUUGAGUUUACGCGAAACUGCAGAGAAUCCAAUUGUACAUUGUAGACGAGAUAAAGAGCCUCCGCACAGAAUAUUAGUCUUGUUAACUCGAGCGCGUUUGUUCCUUCCAAUCGUAGUUGUCAGAGCAAUCACAGCGGUAUUGCCAUAUAGAUGCGUUGUAACCUCUGUACCCCCAACUUAACAAAGAAUCUCAUUGAAGCCGACGCUUCUU